AUGUCCAUGACACACGAACCCUUGCGUUAUGCCCACGACGAAGGCCACACCGAUGUUUGCUAUUCAGAGGAUGGAAAAAAAUUUAUAACUUGUGGUUCCGAUGGGGAUAUACGUAUAUGGUCAACUGAAGAGAGUGAAGAUCCAGUUCACAAUUGCAUUGGCGAAUGGGCUCUUUGUGUAAGACAGAAAGGAAACAAACUAUAUGUUGCCACAGGUAGUAAUGACAUUCAAAUCCUUACAUUACCUGAUGGAGAUCGUGAUGGAGUUUUGGAUAGAUUUACAGCCCCUAUUAACCAUAUUGCCAUAUCCAAAAAUGGAAAAUAUAUUGCAUUGGCAGCUGAAGAAAUGGAAGUCAAAUUGAUAAAUAUGGAACGGGAAAACAAAGAGGUCUUAGUUUUGGAUGGUUUAAUGGGGCCUUGUUUUAGUGUGGCCAUUUCACCUGAUUGUAAAUAUGUGGCGGCCAGUUCAGGGGAUGGCAAAUUAAGAAUUUGGGAAAUCCAAACACAAAAUUUAGUUAAAGAUAUUGAAUGUUUUCCUAAAGUCAACAGUUUUGCUAAUGCAAAAAUUUUAUGUAGGAUGGAUUUUGAGCCAACAAAAGGCAAACAUCUUGCAUACCCUGAUGAAACUACAAUUGUAGUUGUUGAUACCAAAGAUUUUUCUCAAGUUGCUACUUUAUCAUGUGAUGAAGUAAACUCGUCCUAUUCUUUGGUUCAGUAUUCUCCUUGUGGAAAGUUUUUAUUAGCCACCACUGAGGAAGGUGACUUUGUUUUAUUUGAAGUGGAAACUGAGAUUGUCUCUAAUAUAAGCAAACAUCCAAAAUCUAUUGCUAUCAGUGGUAUCAUGUGGAAUCCAAAUGGUAAUGGUCAGGUAGUUUACACAGACGUUGAAGGCCAAUUAGGUAUAAUUUCCGAUUGUAUUAACGAAAACACAAACAAAGACCCAGAAAAUGAAAAAGUGGAUGACUUUGGUGAUAAUGAGGUCGAUUUUGGUGAUGUCCAAUUCGAGGAUGACGAUGACGAUAAUGAAAAUGCCAUAUCAGUUGAAAAACUUAAAAAAGAAGUAAUGGGGGAGUUGGAACCUGAACUGCAAAACCUAAAUGAGGAUUCCUCUCAUGCUCCUUCACUCAGAGCUAGGACCCCUGAGGUACCCCUUCAAGGAGCCUUUAUGCCAUCUUCAACACCAGAUCACUUGGAUCCCAGAUAUUUAUGUUGGAAUCAUGUGGGUGUUAUAAGAAGUUAUGGACUAAACUCAAAUGAUGAAAGUGCCUCUAAAUCUAUAGAGGUUGAGUUUCAUGAUACUACCUUUCAUAGCAGCAUGAUGAUGCAGAAUUAUCAAGAAUACACUAUGGGGUCUUUAAGUACUGGAGCAUUGGCUGUAGCAAACUCUAGCCAACUUAACGUGAUCCCGCUAAGCGCCACCUCAAAAGAAUGGAUGUUGAGAAUGGAGGAAUUCGAAGAAAUAAUCCUUAUCGCUACUUCGGAAAAUCUUAUUUGUUUGGGGAUGGCGAACUACCUGAUCAGAAUUUGUUCGAUCUACGGCGUCCAGAGGGCGGUGAUUUCCAUACCAGGCCCACUGGUCUCCAUGUCUGCCUACAAGAACUUGCUGCUGGUUGCCUAUCAUACAGGAGGCGUACGCAAAGAUGAUCAGUGUGUUGGGUUUAAGCUUGUGAAAUUUGAAGGUACUUCUGUAGAUAGUAGGGAUAUAGGGUCAGCUCUAGGUCCUGGUGCUACCUUGCAAUGGUUGGGAUUUUCUGAUGUUGGUACUCCAGGGAUGAUGGAUUCCCUAGGGAUGCUCAGCAUGUAUCCACCAACUUGCAAUAUUUGGAUUCCCUAUUGUGAUUCUACUAGACAUCGUAAAGCCCUUUCAGACGGAUUUUUCGUGACAACAAUUUUUGAAUCGUACAAAGCGGUCGGAGGCAUAAAAUGCAAAGGCAGCAUGUACCCAGGCUUUACCCCCAGACCAACAAUGUGCGAACUACCCCUGGAACCACCUUACGCAGAACCAACCACCGAUAAAACACAAAUGGAAAGCCAACUGUUUGUUUACUCAACCCUGCAAAUCGGCCAAGACAGCGACAAAAAAUACAAGGAGACUGCUCUCAAGACAUUCGCGUUGGCCUGCAAAAAUAAUUUAGAUGAACGCGCUAUGGAGUUCAUGGAGAUAAUAAAUAACCCCCAAAUUCUUACUUUGGGCAUAAAGUAUGCCUCAAAAUUAGAAAAACGUCGUUUGGUUGAAAAGUUAAUGAGUCUUGCUCAGCAAAUAUCCAACGAUGAUGAUAUGCUAGAUGUAGGGUCCAUUUCAACACCUGACACAAGUGCCAUAAAACCUGCAGUUUAUAGAAAACUUAAAUUAAGCACUUCAAGGGUUACACCAAAAAGUAAAACAUUGCCAAAAGCUGUCUCUACACCCACUCAAGCAACAGAAGAUACUGAUGUUUUAACACCAAAUAAUACAGCUAAUACAACAACAUCAAUCAUGGACACACAAGAGUCAGUGUUUACAUCUGAAGAAGAACCAAAAAAUCCAUUCCUGAAAAGUCUGAAAAAAGAUAAAAAACCACAAACCGAAAACCCUUUAAGUCUCACUGACAAAUAUGCAGGAGUUAACUAUGAAAAAGAAAAUAAGACAAAAAAUACAGAUACUGGCGAAAAAAGGAAACUUUCUGAUUCAUCUGAUUCUGAAAAACCACAAAAAGAAAAACAAAGAAAACUGGAUAUGUUUAAAUUUACUUCUAAUAGGUCCUAA